GGCUGGGUUCCGCUUCCGCCAAGCGCCGCUGUCAUGGCAACUCCCCGGCCUGACGCCGCGGCAGGGCGGGGCCAAUGGCGAAGAGCGCUCCGGAGAGAGAGGACGGGGUCCUUUCGCCAACGGCAACCCGGAAGUCGCCUAUUCAGACAACACGGAUGUUCUCUACACUUUCGUAGCUCGUGGGAGCGCCCGGAAAGGGCACCCGCGCAUGCGCGAAGGAGCCUCCCCGGCGACAGGAGACGAUGGCGAAGGUCACCUUCAAGGUCACGCUCACCUCCGACCCGCGGCUGCCUUACAAAGUAUUAAGUGUCCCUGAGAGUACACCUUUCACUGCUGUCUUGAAAUUUGCUGCAGAAGAAUUCAAAGUCCCUGCAGCUACAAGUGCCAUCAUAACAAAUGAUGGAAUAGGAAUAAAUCCUGCACAGACAGCAGGAAAUGUUUUCCUGAAGCAUGGUUCAGAAUUACGGCUUAUUCCCAGAGAUCGUGUUGGGAGAUGCUGACAUGCAUGGAGUCAACCUGGAACUAGAUAACCGUAAAUAGCAGACAAAAAGAACUGUAAGCUUCUUCACCUACAGCCAUCACCCCCAUUGCAGAGUGCCCUGCAUUUAUUUAUUCCUUUAUGAAAUCCUUAUCUGCUACCGGUCACACCAAGAAAAAACAUUGCCUUCAGACAGGCCGGAGUUCCUUGUCAAAGAAGAUGUGAAGGGAGUCCAUUGCUAACAUAUUGUUUGCUCCCAUUCAAGUGUGGAACCUUUGGUUGGUGCGCAAAGCUCCCCUUUUCACUUAGAUGGAGCAAAUGCUAGUGCCCCAUCCAUGGGGUUUUUGUGUGGAGCUUUAUCUUCCGUCGCAGUGAAUAAGGAAACCUGCCUGUGUGCUCUCCCUGCAUGUUUGUACUCAUCAUGUGUAGAUUAGAUCCAAGUCUAACGCAAGACAAUUUGAUCAUGCGUUUAAGAAUGUAUGUUAUCUACUUGUGAUGAAAAAAAACCAGCAGUUUUAUAAUUGUGUUCAUCACAUUACAGAAUUCUGUGACAGUUCUGAGUUUGAUAUAUUUCAGUUCACACUUUUUGGGGACUUGCAGCUGUGUUAGGAAUUCCGUACUACAUUCCAAAAAUAUUCAUUUGAAGACUGUACAGUUUAUGUAUGGAGAAAUGUUGCAAGUGGUGUCUGCAUCUUAAUCAUGCCAGUCUUGGCCCACAGAAAUCAUAGGUGUGUGCUUUUUCAGAUGGCAUGCAUUUUAAACAAGGAAUACAUUUAACUUUGUAUUUUUGGGGUCACCAGGUCUGAUAAUACAAAGCUAGAAGUCUGUUUAUUGAUGCCUUAAGAGAGCAGAUAGAAGGAAGGAAGAUCUAUAGGAAUGGAUUUGGAAACAAGAGUGUAUGUAAAUCCCAGAAGUAUUAUGGGCCAAACUCAUUUGCACCCAUCAUUAAAUCUGGGUGUGCUGAGCUCAGAUUCUUUUUAUCACUGGUUUCAUUUCUCUACCUAAACUUACAAAGUUGUGUGUAAAACCCAGUGUCAGUCUGGUAAAAGCAUGCGGCCAAUCCUCAGUCUGAUUCCUGUCAUCAAGGAAAGAUUGUGGCACAAUGGAACUUCUAGUGCUAACAGGAAUGGUGUUGAACUACUCACCUGUAUUUUUGGAGCCAAAUAAACAUGUCCAGCACUGAAGAUUCCUGAAAA